AUGAUACAAAAGUCCUACAGUUAUUGGAGAUGGCCGAAAGCAAUAGUAAACUAUAUUAAGGUAUACUUUCAAAAGUGUUGCAUACAUGGAUUCAAAUAUGUUGUCGAAAAAAUGUUUACUUUUCUGGAGAGAUUCCUGUGGCUUAUUUUGUUGGUGGUUUCUAUAUAUUUCUGUAUUGUGGUCUGCCUAUCUUCUAUCGAUCGAUACUACACCAAGAGUACACACAUCGGAUUAGAACGAAACUACCACUUUUGGAAUACUACGAUACCAAGUUUAACAGUAUGCCCAAUGCAACGAAUUAACGAAAGUUUAUUCAGUGACUACUGUCGGAAAAAUGGCAUUAAAGGACAAUACAAAGAGGAAUUUUGGGGAUUCAUUGAAAAUUUGGCAAAUUCUACAUACAAAAAUUUUCAAAACAUUCCGGAAAGCGAGUAUAUAGACAAAUUACUUAAUGUUCUCGGUAUUAAACCAGCUUUAUACAUGGAGCUAAUUUAUAAUCUUACCUAUGAUAGCUCUUAUGAGCCUGUGGAAAAGCAACGAACCCGUAGUAUCGAUGGACAGAUUAAUAUUCAUGUACGACAAGUUCUCACGGAAUACGGCUUGUGCUACUUAGGUAACUCAAAGCUGGGGGAAGAGUACAGCUCGCGUUACUUGAUAUUUGGAGUUUAUCCUGAAGUUAACAAAUAUGAACAAAGCCGAAGAUUACUAAAAGCGCAGAUCGGCUCGUUUUUUGAAAAGGAUGUUGGAUUCACUUUAUUGGGCUUUAGUAGCGAAGCUAUAGAUAGCUAUAUUCAUUCAGCUUUUGAGGUAAUGAAAGUAGAUAAUAAUUUUGGGUACACUGAAGAAGGUGUUGUUUAUGAUCCCGAAAGCGAAGAGAUAAUUGCUGAGGAAAACCUUGAGAAAGAAGCUACCAUUGGACAAAGAAAAUGUCGUUUCUAUCACGAAUCCAAUCUGACCCAUUUUCCAUUCUAUACUAGAAAUAUUUGUCAACAAGAGUGUCGAAUUAAUCUUGCUUACAAAAUUUGUAAAUGUAUUCCUCACUUUUAUCCAAACCGUAUUGCAGAACCUAAGCCGGUGUGUAAUUAUAAAAUUCUUAAAUCGUGUUUCCCAAAACAUGCAAAUUUUUUUCUUAAACUGUACGAAGAAAAUGGUUUCCAUGAUAAGCCAGCGACAUGCCACUGUGAACAGAACUGCCUUGAUGCAGUAGUUACAACAAAAAGUGCUCUGCCCAUGAUAGGAUCGAAACAGCUACUCGGAAGUAUAGGAAGUGCUAUUUCUAUGAAAACUUGGCCCCAGAAUAGGCUUAAGCGACAAGUCAUAUUUUCCUUUACCGAUCUCUUAGUUUCCAUUGGCGGAACUGCAGGACUGUUUCUCGGAUUCAGUGUUUUGGGCUUAGCUGAGCUUUUUUACUUUUUUACAAUCCGAUUAGUUUGGCAAAUACUUGGCUAUACAAUCUAA